AUGUACUUCUCCAGAGGUUAUUGGAAUCCCUCACAAGCUGGAUGUCGCUUCGAUCCAAAACGUUCGCCACCACGUCCCGAUUUGCUAUGGCUCAAGCCAGCGGAUAUUGCGUCGCUGAAAGCAGCACACAGCAAGUUCCUCCAGGAUGUCAAGGAGGAUGGUUUGAGCAUGUCUUAUGUGGCAGACACGACGGGAAUCGUCAUGACUGUGGCAGGCAACCGGUUCCCUGUGCUGCUCACGAGCCUGCUCAUGCUUCGGAAGACCGGAACGACUCUCCCAGUCGAAGUCUUCCUCGACUCCCACAAGGACUACAACGCGAAGUUGUGCGACUCGAUACUCCCCAGCAUGAACGCUAAAUGUAUCGUUUUUGGCGACAUCGUCCGCGCGUCAGACUCCGGCGUCGAACUACAAGGCUAUCAAUUCAAAAUGAUCGCACUGCUCUUCUCGAGCUUCGAAUCGGUGCUCCUCCUCGACGCCGACGCUUUCCCCACCACAGAUCCCUCAUAUGUAUUUACGUCCGAAGUCUUUGAGAGGCAUGGCAUGAUCCUCUACCCAGAUUUCUGGUACCCAUCGGAGUCCCCGUACUACUUUGAGAUCGCCUCGAUUCGAAAGAUGCCCAACCUGUCCGCCCGGCCAUCGAUAGAAUCCGGCGAGAUAUUCCUCAACAAACGAAAGCACAAUUUCACGCUUCUCCUGGCGGCCUACUACAACUAUUUCGGACCAGAUUACUACUACGUUCUCCACUCACAAGGAGCACCCGGCCAGGGAGACAAGGAGACCUUUGGCUGGGCAGCAAUAGCCACCAACAAUUCCUUCUACUUGGUUCACAAAGGUGUCGAACCCAUGGGCCACUUCGAUUCGAAUGGCGACUUCGUUGGGAGUGCCAUGGCACAAUUUGACCCUGUCGCUGACUACGCCUACUACCAAGCACCAUCAGGUGACUCCCCUGGCGACUCUCCAAAGGACACCGAGAAGACCGACUCGGAUUUCCCCGCAGCAGAUCCUCGACCAGACCGCAAUAUCAGCCAAAGUCCUUCGACUCCCAAUAUUCAAGCAUUGUUUCUGCAUGCCAACUUUCCCAAAUUCGACCCGUCCACUUUCUUUCUAUCAACGACCCAGCCGCCUGACCGCGCGAACCCAUCGUUCGAUAGUAAUGGCACUGCUCUGAAGCCAUGGGGAGCAUCACUUCCGGUACCCAACGCUCUUGUCGCCGACUAUGAUAUAGAGGCCGCGUUUUGGGAAGAGAUAGAGACGGUGAGCUGCAAGUAUGGUCGUGAGGACGGCGUCUUCGGUGACUGGAGCCUGAGGGCUAUUGUUGGGAAAGGAGGCAAUGUGGUCGGAAAGGGAGGCAGGGAGAAGGCGGAGGCGGAGGCACGAAUGGACGUUUGCGACGUUGUGGGGGCUUGGAAGGGGAAGGCGUUCGGUGGAGGAGAAUGA